CUAAGAGUUAACUCCCGAAGUUCAAAACUAAACGUCACACCCAUUUCUGUUUCAAUCCUCCUAAGCGCGCCGGAACUCCUUCUCCGGUGUCCCGACACAACGGUUCUACAAAUACCGUGAUCUCCCAAAUCUUCUCAAUUCAAUUAUUUUUCUUACCUAAUUAAUUAUAAUUAACCCCAUUAAAUUUCUUUAUCUUCUUCCUCCUCACACCGCCUUUGUUCAGCAGUUCCGCGCUUUCUACUCCUCCAUUCCCCUCCUUCAGGCAAAACUCAAAAAAUAAGGAAAAAGAAAAAAGAAAACAGAAGAAGAAUUGGGGUUCAAUUGAACCCCACCUGCAAUGGGUCGUUCUCGUGCAGUUCCUAGCGCCAGUGAUGAUGAUCCCACCUUAAAAUUAAAAAGGAAAAAGACAGCCUCAAGUGUAGAGAACACAGAGUCUGCAACAGCAGGUCAAGGCUUGAGCGACGGGAAGAAGGCACUUUAUCACUGUAACUAUUGCAAUAAAGAUAUUUCAGGAAAGAUUCGUAUUAAAUGUGUAGUGUGUCCAGAUUUUGACCUCUGUAUUGAGUGUUAUUCAGUUGGUGCAGAGGUCCAUCCUCACAAAAGUAACCAUCCAUAUAGGGUUAUGGAUAGCUUAUCAUUUCCUCUAAUAUGCGCUGAUUGGAACGCAGAUGAAGAGACAUUGCUUCUAGAGGGAAUUGAUAUGUAUGGUCUGGGUAACUGGGCUGAAGUUGCAGAGCAUGUAGGAACAAAAAGCAAGUCAGAAUGUAUUGAUCACUAUAAUAAUAUAUACAUGAACUCUCCUUGCUUUCCGCUUCCGGACCUAUCUCGUGUUGCUGGAAAGAGCAGAGAGGAACUUUUUGCUAUGGCCAAGGAACAUAGUGACCGUAAAUUAGCUUUGACUGAAGAAUUAUUGAAAGAAGUGUCUACAUUUUCUGCGACAGUAAAGAUUGAAGAACCAGAUAAAGAAGCUUUGGGUAGUCAGUCCUCACAGGCUGUUAAGAACCCAACAAAUUCCACUUCAGUCCAGGAUGGGAGUGAUGGCAUCAAAGUUGAAGAUUCUCACCCAGACAGGAGUGUCGGAGAAAAGAAACCUAGAACGUCAGCUGAUGAGGGACCUCCAGUUACCGAUUUAUGUGGGUACAAUUCCAAGAGAGAGGAAUUUGAGGUAGAAUAUGAUAAUGAUGCUGAACAGUUACUGGCAGAUAUGGAAUUCAAAGAAACUGACACAGAAGCCGAACAUGAAUUAAAGCUUCGAGUUUUGCGAAUCUACAAUCGGAGGCUUGACGAGAGGAAGCGCAGGAAGGAAUUUGUACUUGAAAGGAAUUUACUGUACCCAGAUCCUUUUGAGAAAAAUUUGACACAUGAAGAGAAGGAAUUAUGCCAACGUUAUAGGGUAUUUAUGCGGUUUCACUCUAAGCAAGAGCAUGAAGAGCUGUUGAAAUCUGUCGUUGAGGAACAUCGGUUACGCAGAAAAAUACAGGAUCUAGAGGAGGCUAAGGCUGCUGGCUGUCGCACAUCAGCUGAGGCAGAGAGAUUUAUAGGAUUGAAGAGGAAGAUUGAAGCAGAGGAAAAAACCCGCAAGUUGAGAGAGAAUGUUGAAGCUUGUCCAGGGGGAGGUAAAGUAUUAGUGAGGAAUGGUCCUCAUAAUAGAGAUUUUGUCAGUAGGGACACAAUUUCAACUACCACAGGACAGUUCAUGACGAGCUCCUUAGAUGAAUGGGAUAUCACUGGGUUCCCAGGGGCUGAUCUGCUCUCAGAGAAUGAGAAAAGGCUUUGUGGGGAGAUCAGGAUGUUACCUUCACAUUAUGUCAACAUGAAGCAAACUCUGUCUAUUGAAGUAUUAAAGGGGAAUAUUUCAAAGAAAUCAGAUGCUCAUGGGUUGUUCAAGGUUGAUCCUAGCAAAGUUGAUAGAGUGUAUGAUAUGCUUGUAAAGAAGGGAAUUACACAACAAUGAAGGCCAUCUUUUAUGUUCCUGUCUCCAUUUAUUUUUUAAAACCACAGGUCCUCUGUUCUCUGCUUAGCUAGGAUAGACUAUGAUGUAUUUAUUUAUAAAUAUAAUUUUGUACAAACCCCCCUUUCUCUUCGUCUUCUUUUCACCCUUCCCCUUUUCAUCUUCCCUCAGAACAUUACACUCGGGUUUAAUUAUAUCUUUCUUUGAACGAGGACAUUUCA